GAAUUCAUAUUGUAAAACAACAACAACGACUACAGUGAAGAGAAAAAUGUACGAAAAUAAUCGAAAAUAUUGUCCAGCAACAAAUUAUAGUCAUUAUUUUUUAAAUUUUCAUCAUCAUCACAAUCGCCAUCAUCGUCAUUAUCAUCGAAAUUUUUCUAUUCGAACAUUAUCAUUUUUUAUAUUCAUUAUUUGGUUACAAAUAUUUCAUAAUGUACAAUCAUCAUCAUCAUCAGCUCAAUUUGAUGAAGAAUCAAGUGCAAAACAAAUGGUGGUGGCUUCAUCCACCACCACCACCAUCAUUCCUUCAUCAUCAUCGAAUGAUAGUUUUUAUCAACAACAACAACAACAGGAAAGAGCUUCAACAACAACAACAACAACAUUGUCAUUAUCAUCAAACACUAUGGAAACAACGGAAACAACAAAUGAAAUUCCUAUUACAUCAACUACUGUAAUCAAUACAAUUUCAAUGGAUUUUCAAAAUUCUGAAGAUCAAAUCAAUAAAUCAAAUACAUCGAUUAAUUCAACAUCCAUGAAUGAAACUGAAAAUUCCUUCAACAACCAUCAAACAUUAUCAACGAAUGCUAAUACAUUAUUUAAACCGGAAUUCAUUUUAAAUCUAACUGCAAGUUCAUCAUUUGUAUCAAAUUGUACGGAUGUUGAAUUUUAUUGUGAAAUAUUAUUACCAUCAAAAUCAAUUCCGGAUAAUGAUAAUAAUAAUAAAAUAAAUUCAUCAACAAUUUGGUGGACAUUUCGUGACCAAAAUGUUUCAUCAUCAACACUUCCAGGUGGAAGAGUGAUAAAUCGUCCAGAUAAUUUAUAUUUAUCAAUAUUAAAUAUUGAAUGUGCUCAAUUUGGUGUACAUGAUGGUGAUUAUAGUUGUCAUUCAUCAUCAUCAUCAUCAUUAUCAUCAUCGACAGAAAUCUCAGGAUCUCAACAACAAUUUUCAAUUAUAACAAAUAGUUCAAAUUUACAUUUUGAAAUUUCGGUUCUGGUAAUGGAAUCAAUCGAUCAACAAAAUCGUACAAUAAGUGAAGAAAUUGAUUCUUCAGUACAAUUACGUUGUCAUGUACUUGGUUAUCCUAAACCAAAUAUUAUUUGGCAAAGAUAUGAUCCAAAAACAUUGAUUACAACCGAUAUUGAAUCAGAUGGUCGUAUUGAAAUUGAACAUCAAUUUUUACCGGAAUCAUCGGAUGAUCUAGUAGAAAAUCAAAUAAAUCCAUUAAAAUUAUUUCAAAGUAUAUUACAUUUUGAAACAUUACGUCGUUCAGAUAAUGGUACAUAUAUUUGUCGUGCAAUCGAUAUUCAUCAAAAAUUAGAAAAACCAAAAACACAAGAAUUUAAUGUAAUCGUAUUGGAAGUUCCGGAAAUUCAUAUCGAAAAAAUUGAAAUCGAAAACAAAACAACAGCUAUCAUUUCAUUUGUUAUUGAUUUCGAUGGUAAUCUUCCAAUUGAAAAAUUUAUACUUGAAUUACGAAACUAUACGAAUGAUGAUGAUUAUGAUGAUAAUCAUAAUGAAAAUUUAACUAGAUGGAUCCGGUUGGAAACACCAUCACCCGAAUCAAUAUUAAUCAAACAUAAUUAUUCAAUAAUAAAUGUAGAUAAUCUUGUACAUGCAGCUACAUAUGGUUUUCGUUUAGCUGCAACAAAUCGAAUUGUUGGUCAAUCAGAAUGGAGUUUGAUGAAUAUAACCGUACCAGCCGAUGUACCUAGUCCAAUUAAUAAUGUACAUUUAUUAUCCAAAUCAAAUGAAACAUUAUUAUUUGGAUGGAGAAGACCAUUACAUGAUAAUGGUGCACCAAUAAUACAGUUUCAUCAAAUACUUAAAGAUAAUAAUAAUGUGAUAAUUUGGAAUCAAACAAUCAAUAAUACACAAUCACGUAAUAAACAUAUGUCAUUAUUUUCAAAUCUACAACCAGGUACACAUUAUUCAUUUCAAAUUCGUGCCUGUUCACAGAUUGGUUGUGGUGAUUGGUCAUCAAUAUUCGAAGUGAUUACAUCGGAUGGUCAUUCGGAUCCACCGAAAAAUAUUCAUAUUGAAUGUUUUUUUGAUGAAAAAUUAAUACAAACAAAUGCAACAAUCACAUGGGAAGAACCAUCAAAUCCACGUGGUUUAAUUGUUGGUUAUAAUAUAUCAUUACGUGGCCAUACAACACAAUCACAAAGAUUUUUUGAAUCAUUUGAACAAUCAUAUCUGGUGAAUAGUAAUCAAACAUUUUUAUAUGAAACAAUAUUGAAACCAAAUUCAAAUUAUACUGUAAGAAUUUGUGCAAUAAAUAAAUCUGGAUGUGGACAAUUAUCACCAUUAACCUCAUCAUCAAUGUGCCAAUCAAGUCCAACUGUUCCGUCCGAAUUUCCUUCUGGUAUACGUUUAGAACGUAUUCGAUUAUCAUCAUCAUCGCCAUCAUCGCCAUCAUUAUCAAUUUCAACAAGUAAUAGCCAUUAUUCUGGUCUUACAGAUAAAGAAACUUUACAUCAACCAUUUAUUGGUCAACAACAACAUAAUCAUAAUCAUUAUCAACAACAACAACAAACAAAACAACCAAAACCAGAACGACAAUUAAAAUUAUAUGUGCCAAGAAUUUCCGAACGUAAUGGUCCAUUUCGUUGUAUUCGCGUUAUUGUGAUACGUCUUCCAUCUCCCAAUUCUUCUUCUCCUGCUUCUUCUCUAUCACCGAUUUCAUCAACAAAUAUUUCAUCGCAAUCACUAUCGUAUAAUAUUAGUAAUAAUAAUACUGAUCAACAACAACAACAACAAAGUGAUAUAUUUAGCCAUUUUCUUGAUCAAGAAAAUGGUCAAAUUCCAUUAAGUACUUAUCGAAUGGUACAUUCAAAAUAUAAUACAAAUACAUUUGGUGCUUAUAUUGCAAAAGAAUUUACAUCCGAAUCAUUUCCAAAUGAAAUAAUAUUAGGUGAUGGUAGAAUAUCACGUUGUUAUAAUGAUGCAUUAGAAUAUGAUCUCAAAUCACGUAUUAAACAUAGUCAACAUUAUCAGAAACAACAACAACAUUUGAAACCCGAUGAACAUAUUGGAGGUUUGGAUGAUAAUCGAUCUCCAAGACGAAUUAAUUAUGAGCUUCAAACAACUAGACAACCAUCAAAUAGUUCACAAGAAAAUGAAUCCAUAAAUGAUGAAAUUUUCGAUUUAGAUGAUGAACAUCUAGUUGAAGAUUUAGAAUUAUUUCCAAAUACAUAUUAUUCAGCUUCAAUUGAAGUUACUGUUAUGGCUGUUAAUCAUACAUUAUUAGUUGAACAAAGUCCAUGGACUGAACCGAUUCGUACUGUACCAAUAUUGACAAUGUUUUCACAAUCAAAUAAUUCAUUUUCCGAAACAACAACUGGAAUUAUAUAUGGAACUUUCUGUGGUUUAUUAUUGAUAAUGAUAUUAUUUUUUUCAAUACUUUGUUUUCUGAAACGUAAAGCAACCGAAGCAACAACACCAGUUUUAUUAGAUGAUGAAAGAAUUGGUUUAACAAAUUUUCUUCGACGUACAUUGAUCGGUCGAAAACAUAGUAAAGAUCAUCAAACACUUUUUUAUCAAUUAAAUUUUAAUUCAACACAAGCUGUAAAAAAAUGGGCAUCCAAACCGAUACCGAUACAGAAUUUAGUGGCCGUUUUUCAACAACGACGUACCAAUUCGGAUUUUCUUUUUCAAGCCGAAUUUGAAUCACUUCCUGAAAGUUUUCCGGAUCGUACAACAAUUGAAAGUGAUCGAAUUGAAAAUGUAACAAAAAAUCGAUAUCCGGACAUAAAAUCAUAUGAUCAAACAAGAGUAGUUUUGAAAAAGAUUGAUGAUAUUGAAGGAUCGGAUUAUAUAAAUGCUGAUUUUGUAAAUGGCGGCCUUGUUAAUAAACAGGACAAACGUUUUAUUUGUGCACAGGGACCAACACAAAAAACUGUACCAGAUUUUUGGCGUAUGAUAUAUGAACAACAAUGUUGCAUAAUUGUAAUGUUGACCGGCAUCGAAGAACAAGGCCGAAUAAAAUGUGCACAAUAUUGGAAUGAUAAAAAUGAUGAUAAAAAUGAUGAUGAUGAUGAUGAUGAACAAUCAUUAUCAUUUCCGGAUGCAUUUCCAUCAAGUCCAUUUAUUAUAACUACUAUAUUUCGUCGUGAAUAUUCUGAUUAUGUUAUUAGAAGAUUUAAUUUAAAAAAUACUAAAACUAAUGAAUGUCGUGAUAUAAUACAUUUUCAUUUUGUUGCAUGGAAAGAUUUUCUUGCACCAGAUCAACCAUCAUGGUUACUUCGUUUUAUAAAACGUGUUAAUGAACAUUAUUGCGUUGAUCGUGGUCCAAUUGUUGUACAUUGUUCGGCUGGUGUUGGACGUACUGGAACAUUUAUUGCAAUUGAUUCGUUAAUUAGUCGGAUUGAUGAUGGUGCACAAGAUAUUAAUGUAUUUGAAUGUGUUUCUAGUCUACGUUAUCAACGUAAUUUUUUAGUACAAUCAUUACGACAAUAUAUAUUUGUUUAUCGUGCCAUAAUGGAAUAUGUUGAAUUUGGUGAUACUGAAAUUGAAGCUGGACAUAUACGUGAUCAUUAUAAACAAUUAAAAGAACAGAAAACUGAAUCCGGUAAUGGUGUUUUUACUGAAUUUGAGAAAUUGAGCGAAGUAUUCGAAGAACCAAAAUCCUGUGUAGUUGGCCAAUUGGAAACAAAUAAACAUAAAAAUCGUUAUUCAUUCAUUAUUCCAUAUGAUAUAAACAGAGUGAUAUUGAAUCCAUCGCAAGAUACUUGCUAUAUCAAUGCAUCGUUUAUUCAGGGUUAUGAUCAUACACUUUCAUUUAUUGUUGCACAAGAUCCACUUGAACAUACUGUUAAUGAAUUUUGGUGGAUGAUUGCUGAACAUGCUGUUUCAACAUUGGUUAUGUUAGCUGAAAUUGGUGACGGGCAAAAUAAAUGUCAUCAAUAUUGGCCACAAUCAGUAGAUUCAACAUUUGAUUGUGAUUUUGUUAAAGUAAAACUGAUUGAAGAAGAAAUGUUUCAAUAUUAUGUUAAACGUGUUUUUCAUAUUACUAAAAAGAAGACUAAUAAAAGCCAUGUUGUAAAUCAAUAUCAAUUUUUUUCAUGGAAAUCCGGUGUUGUUGUACCCGAAUCAACCAAAUCAUUAAUCACAUUGACCGAUGCGGUUUUGUUGGCCAAUAACCCGAAUAAUAAUAAUAAUAAUAAUAAUGGUCAAGAAAAUAUAAAUUAUACGAAAUAUAAUGGGAAAUUUUCAUCAUCAUCAUCAUCAUCAUCAUCACCCAUUUUAGUUCAUUGUAGUGGUGGUGGUGAUCGAUCGUCAGUAUUUGUUUCAUUUGCUAGUCUUGUACGACAAUUACAAUUGGAAGAAAGAGUUGAUGUAUUUCAAACAGCUAGAUAUACAAAAUCACAACGACAUUGUAUGUUACAAACUAUUGCUCAAUAUGACUUUUUAUAUCGUUGUCUUAUCGACUAUAUGGAUUGUCAUCAUAUUUGUAACAAUAGUGAUACACAACUAUAAAAAAAAAUUUCAUAUGCAAAACAUCAGAUGGAUGGAAAG